AUGAACUCCAGCCGGCCGGCCGAGGCGAUGUUCCCGCGCAAAGCCGAUCCCAUCCGGCCUCUCCUCAACUGCUGCAACGGCACCUGGUUGGUCAGCGAAGGAGAGGGCUCCCCGCCUCAGGGCAGCCCGGAUACCCUCAGGGUGGUCCAGAUCGCCGUGCUCUGUGUCCUCUCACUGACCGUGCUCUUCGGCAUCUUCUGCCUGGGCUGCAACCUCCUCAUCAAGUCGGAGAGUCUGCUGAACCUGCUGGUGAGGGAGCGCCGACCAUCUAAAGAGAGGGAGGUUGUCAUCAUUGACUCUUACUGA